AUGCUUUAUAAGGAAGAUUUAUGGCUUUUAAUAUUAUAUAAAGGGGAUUUCAUUCCAAGGGAUUUUCCUUCAUCAAUUGUUGAAUUAAAUGGCAAAAAAAAACAUUUAAUUUGUUUAUCAAUACCCACUAAGUUUAAAGAAAGUAUUACUUAAAAAGGUCACUGCAAAAUUUUAGAUCGAGAAAUAGUAAAGUAGUCCAAUAAGCCUGCGCGAUUUCCAAUAAAAUAGCUAUUAAUUUAAUUUACCAAAAAUUAACCAAGAAGUUUUGAUUAAAUGUUUGCUAAGAGGGUAUUUGAUCAUUGGUAUUCAAGCUUAAAUAUUGAUUCCCAUUCUAAUUACUCUUUAUUAAUUUGUCCUUAAGUAGUUUCAACAUUUUGA